AUGGCAACGUCGCAACUCUCACAGAUUGGCAGCAGUGCGUCUGGAGGCGUUGGCAUGUCCAAUUACGCUGAAGAGAAAGCAAAAUGCAGUGACUUUUUGCUAAAUUUUACCUCAAAUUUGGACGACCCGGCGUUGGGUCCCAAAUAUGCACGAAUGAUGCAAGAGGUGGCAAAUCGAGAGCGAACAUCCAUUCCCAUUGCUUUGGAUGACGUGGAAAUUUAUGAAAAAGAUGACCCAAGUUUUGUGUCUCGAAUCGUACGCAAUGCUCGUCGGUACAUUGCACUCUUUUCUGAUGCAAUCGAUGAAAAUCUGCCACCUCCUACAAAAGAUAUUUCCGAUACUCAAGAUGUUUUAGAUGUUUUGCGACUGUCUCGAGCUCAAGAAUUAGUUCAACAGAGUCAACAAGAUGAUGGGGAAAGUCUAAACCCAGCGUCGGUCUCUUCUGCAGCGACAUUUCCACCAACUUUAAUGCGUCGUUUUGAAGUUCAUUUGAUUCCUGGCGUAAAACUUAAAGCUGUACCGAUUCGAGCGGUAAAAGCUUCUAAAGUUGGUACUUUGGUACGUAUCAAAGGCAUGGUCACGAGAGUUUCAACGGUAAAACCACUUCUUACGGUUGCCACAUACACAUGCGAAGCAUGUGCUUCGGAAGUAUAUCAAGAAGUCAAAGCAAGGCAGUUUAAUCCUCUGACGCAGUGUCCAAGUGCACGUUGUGCUACAAAUAGAGCACAAGGUCAUUUGAUGCUGCAAACUAAAGCUUCCAAGUUUGACAAAUACCAGGAAGUUAAGUUUCAAGAGUUGCCCGAUCAGGUGCCAAUGGGUCACAUACCCCGCUCCUUAACAGUUUAUUUGCGAGGCGAACUUACACGCACAUGCGAACCUGGAGCCUUAGUGACUAUUUGUGGCGUCUUCUUGCCACUUCCGUACUCACCACAACGUCAGAUGCAGAUGGGACUUGUCACGGAGACGUACUUAGAGGCAACGGACGUAGUGAAUCAUAAAAAACGGUACUCAGCCAUGGAGUCGUCGGAUGCUAUGGAAAGUGCCGUGUUGCGCUUGCAGGAAGGCUCGGAUAAUGUGUAUGAAGUAUUAUCUCAGUCGUUGGCACCAGAAAUCUAUGGGCACGAAGAUGUAAAGAAAGCGUUGUUGUUACUCUUGAUUGGUGGCGUCACAAAAAGAAUGGAUGAAGGAAUGAAACUGCGUGGUGAUUUAAAUGUAUUGCUCAUGGGUGAUCCGGGUGUAGCGAAGUCACAAUUGUUAAAACACAUUGCCACUGUGGCACCACGAGGAGUUUAUACUACAGGAAAAGGCAGUUCUGGCGUUGGACUGACAGCGGCAGUUGUGCGUGAUGUAAUUACGAAAGAGAUGACGCUGGAAGGCGGAGCUCUUGUUUUAGCUGAUAUGGGCAUUUGUUGCAUUGAUGAAUUUGAUAAAAUGGAAGAAGGCGAUCGAACAGCGAUUCACGAAGUGAUGGAACAACAGACGGUAAGCAUUGCAAAGGCUGGAAUCACCACAACGCUCAAUGCGAGAACUUCAGUACUGGCUGCAGCGAACCCGAUUUUUGGUCGCUACAACAAAAAAUUAAGUGCUUCGCAGAAUAUCAAUCUACCUAAUGCGCUGCUUUCUCGCUUUGACUUGCUAUUUCUACUACUGGAUGUCGCUAAUUAUGAAAAGGAUGAAGCACUGGCACGUCAUGUCACGUAUGUUCAUCGCUUUUCACGCAACCCCGAGAUGAAGUUUGAUCCGGUACGUCCUGAAGUGUUGCGAUACUUCAUUGCGAUCGCUAAACAGUAUCAACCGAGUAUUCCGGAACAUCUUUGCGGCUACAUUGUCGAAGCUUAUGUGACACUUCGUCAGCAAGAUGUCAAUGAUCAUGCUCGUGAACGAGAGCAAAACAAGUUUCGACAGAGUGGAGAUGGUGGUGCACAUGAUGCCCAGACAGCCAUGACAGCGCGUCAAUUGCUAAGUAUCUUGCGUCUAUCACAAGCUUUAGCAAGACUGCGAUUUUCAACGGAGGUCAUUCAUCAAGAUGUGGAUGAAGCCAUACGGUUGGUGUACGUAUCGAAAGCGUCGUUGACGGAGCAAAAUGAUGCAAGUGGUACUGGAAGUAAUAAGCUUGGUGUAGCAAAUUACGGUCGAAGCGGAGGCUCAGCUGAUGCAACGUCGAAAAUUUUCCGACUCGUGUUGGAAUUUGCUACAGAUCGCAACUUGAAAGUUCUGGCUUUGAGCGACUUGGAGCCAGUUGUACUGCGCAAAGGCUUUACGUCUCAACAAUUGAAUGCUUGCAUCGCGUAUUAUCAAGAGACGCUAGAAAUCCGCGAUUACGACAAGAUAAUCGAGGCAACAUUUCAGCAACGUGAACUAAAAAAAAUUGUAAUCCCUGGAAGAGUCAAGACAGUAAAAGAAAAUUUUGCCGCAUGA